AUGGGCACAGCGGUCAAAAAUGCUCUCGAUAAGCCCAGGCCUGAAAGCCUGGUCGCCGAGGAGUCCCCCGCCACUUCCGAAGGCCAUAUGCGUCGAAUGGACGUCACCUUCAGCCUCUGGAGUACCCUGGGGCUAGUCUACAGUGUGACAGCAACACCGAUCGCUAUUGGCGCAUACCUGUCCUUCAGCCUUGUGCUGGGCGGCAGUCCAUUCUAUCUCUACGGUUACAUAUUCGCAGUCACUUUCAACAUCGUCUUGUGUGUAGCACUGGCUGAAGUCUCAUCACUCUAUCCGCAUCCAAGUGGCCACAUAUAUUGGGUCGGAAAACUCAGCCCCGAGAAAUGGAGUCUCUUCCUUAGUUAUUGGACUGGCGCAUUCACCUCGGCGGCCUGGUUUUUCUGGACGUCAGGAACCUAUCUUCUCACGGCCCAGAUUCUCAGCGCAGCUAUCCAGGUUCUCUAUCCAACAGUCACACCAGCCGCCUGGCAUGUCGUGCUCAUGGCAUGGGCUCAGGCCCUGGUCUCUGUAGCUUGGAACAUCCCGUUCUUUAAGACGUGGCCGUACGCACUGAAAACAAUGAUCUUCAUCACCAACGCCGGGGCACUGUUCAUCGCAAUUAGUCUCCUUGUCCGCGCAAACCCCAAACAGUCUGCUCGUUCGGUCUUCGUUGAUGUGGCCAACACGUCCGGAUGGACGUCUAAUGGAGUUGUGUUCUUCCUCGGCCUCUUACCCGGUGCGACAUCCAUCAACGGUUUCGACUCAGCCGCCCAUAUGGUUGAGGAGAUGCCUGAUCCUGUCCGCCAAGUCCCGCAAGUAAUGGUCGGCAAUGCACUGUUGUCUGGAUUUCUCGGUCUACCUAUGAUCAUCGUGUUAUGCUUCUGCAUUACCAAUUUGGACAACCUGCUAGCUCCAGUUGGCGGAGUGACACUGAUCCAGCUAUUCAAUGACUCUCUGGAUAGCGAGCCGCUUUUCAUUGUAUGCAGUUUGUUCUGCAUCCUCGCGACAGUCAUUGCCGCCACGGCAUGCACGACGACAUGUAGUCGAGUGUGGUGGUCAUUCGCUGAACAUCAAGGCUUGCCAUUUUCCUCGUGGUUCGCUGUGAUUCACCGGACCAAGUUAUGGACUGUCCCUGUCAACGCAACACUGACCACGAUGGUGUUAUCGUGUCUUAUUAUCCUGUUAAACUUGGGGCCUAGUUUUGUCUUGGGAGCCUUGUUCACAGCAGCAGACGUGUGUUUCUACAUGAGCUACUUCAUCACGCUCGGCUGCUUCUUGCACAGAAAGUGGUCACAGGGCGUCCCGGCACAUUACUUCGAUCUCAGAUUCUUGAGUAAUACGGUCGCCAUCACGGGAGCCGUAUGGGCUGUUUUUGUGAGCGUUUGGUUGGUGUUUCCUUACUAUCGUCCGGUUACGUCAGGCAACAUGAACUACGCUGUUGCGAUCAUUGGAACCGUGGUUGCGAUUUUCACUGUUGAUUGGCUGGUCAGGGCGAGGAAAUCGUACUUGAUACCUUCUCCUAUUCUGCUGUAG